GUGCGACUGAACUGGAGUCGACUGACAGUCAAUAAAUAAUCGCAAAUUUAACGGCAAUUAUUAAUUGUAAACUUCUGUGAAUUCUUGUCUACAAGCUGCAAUUAAUCUCAAUAUUUUUAACUGUGUAAGCUUCAGCCUACAGUGUGAGACGCGCAUUCGCGAGUAGUAGCAGCAGCAGUAGUGCAGUACGAACGAAAGGAAGCGAGUGCAAUACAAGAAUGCCCGAGUUGGCGGCGGGCCGUGCAACUCUCUGACAGCGAGGUUCUAACUCAGCUUCCAUAUCUCACUCCCUCUCCUCUCAGGAUCAGUGCCCCCUGGUUCCUUGUACAGCCAGCCCAACCUCAUAGUGGGCACAAUGCCCUAACCAGUGAACAGCAAGUGAACCAGCCAGAGGGACGGACGAAAGCUUCGCCGCCGCCGCUGCGCACUGAUCGCUACUGUGUUUUAUAAGAAAAGAGAAAAGGGACUUGUGAUCGCGUCGUCGUCGUCGUCGCCGCCGUCGUCGCCGUCGUCGCUCAGCCCGUGAACGCCGUGUGAUGAGUGGCGCUGGUGGUGGCUACCGUGGUCGAGGCUUUGGACAACGGGGCAACCGGCCAUCAGCCGCCAAUGGCUUCGGCGGCAAUCGCUUCUCUCAUCCCAACCUAAAACAGCAGCAUCAGCAAAAUCGGCAUCCAGCCGGUAGACCGCCACCCCACUCGGACUGGCAGUCGCAGCUACCACCUAGGGACUCCAACAGAGGCUACCAACAGCAAUGGAGGCAGCCACCCUACCAGAAGUACCCACCCCGGCAGCAACCCUUCCAGUCCGAAUGGGACAGACAGGGCCCUGGACCCAACGAUAGGGAUCGAGAUAGAGAAAGAGAUAGGGACAGAGAUCGAGAGAGAGAAAGAGCUGAGAAGUAUCCCCGCAAUGAGCGGUCUUAUCAGAACUUCAGAGGCAGGGGCCAUGCUUCCAGAGGCCAGAAUCAACGCUACUCUGGUCCUGGCAGGCCAUAUUCAGGUAGGGAUUCGUCUCCUUAUAAUAGUGACAGUGACUCCCCCCCACCCAGUGAUAAGCCACAGGAACCUUUACGUGGCUCAGAGGAGGAACGACAACAGAAAAUAACUGAAGCAGCAGCCAAGCUCAAAAAGAGUCUAUCAAACAUUACGGAAGAAGAGAGAGUUAAUUUAUGGGGCAAUGAUUUGCAAACGGCUGCUGUACCUACCUCUGCCAGAGUCAAUGCUGAGUCCACCAGUGUUGAUACUAACCAAGAGGAACUCAAACUCACAGAAGAUGAUUUCAAAGACAUUGGUAGAAGAGUUGAAGCUGAUUCAACUACUAAAAUUGAUUUUAAUGAAUUCUCUCUAUCCACCAAGUCAGUGGUUGAGGAUGAUGAAUUUCUGGUGGACAGUAUUGGCCAGCCAGACAUGGAUGACUUUGGGAUGGCUCUCAAUGCUCCCAUCCCUGAAUUUGAAACUGAACAAAGUUUGUCUCAGACUGGAAACCUAUCAUCGGUGAGCGAUCAACAUUCUCACUUGGAAGACGAGUCUGCUGCUGGUGAUUUUAGCAGUACUCUACAACCAGUAAGUAGCAGCCAGUCAAAGGGCAAUGCUGCUGAAGAACCCAUCCGUGAUUCUGAGAUUCCUAACGAGGAGUCGCAGGAAAAAGUUAAACGAGAUGAUAAUUUGCCUACCAAACACAGUAGCAAAUCGUCCAAGACGGAGCAGAGUUCCGCAAAAUCACCAGCAUUUUUCGACCCAAAUUUCAGCACAGCAACAAGCACGAACACAAUGCCCACGUCGACGACGAGUGCAGUACCCGUGGCUAUGUGUCCGCCGCCAUUUACCUCUGUUGAUUAUACGUCCACCACAAAAUUCACACCAACACUAGGCUAUGCGCCUAGACUUUCAAGCACGUGGCCAUCUCCCUUCGAAGAUUCAACUCUCGAGCUGCCAGCCAAAUUCGAUAAACCACCACCGCCUUUAGGUACCGUUCCGAAGAAAACCACAUCUACUGAUACAAGCAAGAGUAAAAAGGACUCGGAGGUGCUCCAACCGCCACCGGCCUUUGAUCCACGUAAACCGUUAGUCAGCAGUAGCAGUGUCACCGAGGAGGUUCAGCAGCCACCUCCUGUCUUUGAUCCGCGCCUGUCAUUAAGCGAGCGUUCCACGCUUAUGCUCUCCAACAAUACGAAACCAUCAAUGGCUCCAACGAUGAUCAUGCCAAGUUAUCCACCACAUUAUAUGACUCCGGUCGCGCCAGUCGUACCGCCUCCGGUUGUAGCGCCUGUAGUUGCCCCCGUCGUCCCUCCUGUACCAACCAUGAGUUAUCCCGGAGUGACUGUGCCACCGCUACCGGUACCACCUAUAAUAAAUCCACCACCGGUGAUCAGCAAACCCGCAACACCUGGCAAUCUCACCAUGAGUUUCGACGAGGAUGGUCUCGAGGAAAUGCAAGAGGCUAUGGAGUUUGCUCAGAUGAUGGAUAUGGGCGAGGCCAAGCCUCAGGAACCUGAUGAAGUGACGGAAGCAGCUCUCUCGCCACAUUUGCCUGCAACGACAGUCAGUCAGGUACCCAAACCCAUCUCACCACCGUCAGUGACAACCUCGAGCCUUCUUCCUCCGAUUGAUACCAGCACAAGUUUGCCAGUCUUAGCGAGUUCCGCUUUACUGACCACGAUGCCAUUACCGCUAUCCACGCAGCCAGUGGCAGUAUUAAGCACCGCUAUAACUACUGCUGGAAUCACGAGCACUACUACUGCAGCACCGAAUACCAGCUUGGACAUACUCAAAAUCUCACAGCAGAUACUCAUGGACAAGCAUACCACUGAAGAUCUGCUGAGGAGUACUCAACUGCUCCAAGCUACACAAAAUUUGACGGUACCUACUGCUGCUACUGCUGCGGUUGUCAAUCCUGUCGCUGCAGUCGUCAAUCCCAUCGUUGCGGCUGUUAAUCCCAUUGCUGAUAUUAAACCCACUCUGGUGAAGCCACUCACUGUUUCCGAGAAAAGGCCAGCUGCUGGCGACGAGGCAUCUUGGAAGCAACGUGUGCUCAAUCGUUUCCUUAAGAUGAGUAGAAAUGAAAUACGCAACAUGCUCAAUCACUCCAGUCUAAGGAAAUUCGACAUUGCUAUGAAGCAUCUGGUGAAAGAGAAGAAGAGUUCGAUCAAUCAAGAAAUGCGCAUUAAUGAGGAUGAGCGAAUCAGGGAAGAAGACCGUGAUGAAUUUAUGACACAGCUAAACGCAAUGUUAGAUCCCGACAAAACUGACAAGAUCGACAUCACCAAUUUGCCUACAGAAUUUAUUCACCAAUUGAAUGCGGUUCUUCAGCUCGACCCUCUUCAGUACGAAGGAGUUCAGCCUGUUAUUCAACCGACGUUGACUAAUCUUGUCGCUCCUGUACAGCCAAUUUCUACCGCGCAUCUCACUGUUCCAACGACAACGGAGCAACCUAUUGUUCCUAUCAUUCAACCAGAGGCGACAGUCGUCAGAAAUGUACCGGAUGUAGCUGCAACAUUAGCAGCACACCAGGAGCGUCGACGAAAAAAGGCUGAAGCGAAACUUGCAGCUGAAGCGCACCAUGCGCAACAAAAAGAAAAACGAAAGAUUCAUGUAAAAGUUAUUCGUGAAAACCAUAAAGUACCAGCGUCAUCCGCCUACGAACAGCAAGCAGCGCUAGCUAAGCAUCAUUCCAAGUCAGUAAGGAAUCGUAUGACUUCGACUGCCACGCAAAUAGAGGAGGAUUACUCGUCAAUGACGCAGUACACAGCCACGCAAGAUUACAUAUUACGGGAGCACCACAAAACCACGAAUAAACAAUUAACGACGAUUAGAACAGUCGAUGUAGCUGAAAGCCCCAUGGUGAACAUGGCCGAUAUUGAUGAUAUUUUCUCUGCAGGCAUAAUGAGACAAAGGCAGGCAGCCAAAGCGCCCUCGCCACCACCUGUAGCUCGAGGUGCUUUUUCGCUUGAUGAUAAUCUUGAUGAUAUCUUUUCUGCGGGGAUGGCCAAAGCCAAAGCAUCUUCCAGCCAAGUCGCCGCCACUAACGAAGCUAAAGGCAGUUUAUAUCAACGUCAACAUCAUCAUCAACAACAUCAACAAACACAGCAGCAACAAAAUCAGCAUCAGCACCACCAACCGCAAGUUAAUAGUGGUGUCGCGGUAAGCGAUUACGAGACGGAUGCUGUUGAGCGUUGGAUGAGAAAAGAGCAAGAGCACAUCGAUGCAUAUAGAAAUCUUACGAAAGAAGAAUGGGACGCAAAGUACGGCAAGACUGGAUUGGACCGUAAUGCAUUUGAGCGCGAGCUCGAGGUUACGUUCAACAAGUUUAGCCGAAGACAUGGUAUUGACUUUAAUAAUGAGGCUUUGCACGCUGCUCCGCAGCCAGCGCCUGAGCCACUACCGCAGCAAGCUGUACCUCAGGUGCAACAGCAGCAACAGAAACAGCAGCAGCAACAGCAGCAACAGCAGCAGCAACAGCAGCAACAACAACAACAACAACAACAACAACAACCUCAACAACAGCAUCAACAGAUACAGCUGCAAUUGCAUCAUCAACCACAACAGCCUUCAUCCCGAGAUUUAGUAAAUAUCGUUGUCAGUGAAGAUGAGUCAUCGAGUUCGUCAUCGAGCUCGAGUGACAACGAGACGCCACAUUCGCAGCAACAAUUACUAAAAAAGAUUAAAGAAAACGAGAAAAUUGCCAAGAUAAAAUCGAUAAAUGAAGCGAUAAGGGAUGAAGUAGCUGCUGAAAUUGAGCGAUACAAAAAGAAUAAACAGAAGGAGCGUCGGUCCCGUAAGCGUUUGCGUCGUAAGAAAGAGAAAAAAGAACGCCGGAGGCACAAGAGUGCUAAGAGAAAGCAUAAGAAACGUUCAAGGAUUAAUGACGAAAGCGAAAGCUCCGAGACCUCAUCGAGCGACGAUGAACUAGACUCGCUCGGGGCGUCGCUUGGAAGAUUACAAAGGCUACUCACCGAGGAGGAAAUUAAAAAGGAAGUGAAAGAGGAGCCUGAAGUUGCGGCUACUUUAGCUGCAGUGGCUGGCAGGACGGUUCUCUUCAAAGAUCCCUCAAGGAUGCAGUCUGGUGAAACGGCACGACCUUAUCCUCUGAAGAGGCGCAUGAAACAGCAACAGCAUACACAACAGCUGGACACCUCGGAACAGCAUGUCAGAAAAGUCACAUUCUCAGAUAAGGUUAUUCAACACGACAUUUCAGACAAAGUGAUCGCCAAAAAGGUCGCAGCCGAAUCGAACAAAACUAAGGUAGCACCGGCUGCUAUAGUUGGCCCAUCUUUGUUAAAGCCGACCGUGCAGACAACGAUAAAGUCUAAGCCUACGAUACCUGUUCAGGCAACGGUACAGAGUAGUACAGUUGCUCCCGCUCAAGUGGCUAAACCGAGCGUCAAGCUGCCACCUAAGCCAGGCGCCGCCCUCGCAGCUGUAGCCGCAGCAGCAGCAGCUGCCGCAGCUGCAGAUACCUCUGCCGUCAAAUCUGUUACCACCUCGGUAGAAUUGGUUCAAAAGGCCAAAACGAUCAUUGACUCGAGUCAACCGACGCAGUUGAAGAAGCUCGUGACAACCACUGCUGCCUCAACCGUUGUUGUAUCAACCACUGUUGUCUCCAGUACUAUAACUUCCACCACUGUAACCUCAACCUCUGUCUCAUCGAUCCCUGUUGUAUCAAUCACUGCCGCAACUACUAUUACCCCAAGUGUUGUCACCGCAGCUGCUGUAUCUCCUGUCCCCCCAAGUGUUGUCGCCACCGAUUCCGCAGCAACUAAUGAGACUAACGAAGCUAAAGUUGAAAACAAAAAGGAGGAAACUGAGGAAGACAUACUUAAGAGUAUCGAAGAAGCUUGCAAGGAAAAUUUGCAAUCUGUGGAACCAGAGAUAAAGGAUAUAGUCGGAACGGUCAAGAUACCGAAGCUCCAAGAAGUUAGUAGACCUACUGAUCCACGCAAAAAAGCACGUAAUCAACCGAAAGAAAAUACUGAUGCAAAUGAUCCCAACAAGCCUAAAAAGUUAGAUAUCAAGGCUUACAAGGCGCGUCAAUUAGAGAAGCAAAAACAAGAGCAGGAAAAGAUUAAACAGUUCGAAAAGAAUCCCUUAUCAAUGACGCAAGAUCUCCUCAACAUUCCUACAAAGAAGCGCACCGAUCAAACGCAAGAGACAAAAGAGCUACAGCGGCAACAAGACAACGCUGUUACAGUUGAAACCCAAAGGAAUACGAAACCGCCUGUAAAGCUCAGGCGACAUGGUAUCCAUGAUAGAGUUAAAGCGAAAAUGGAAGCUGAAAAGUUGGAAAAUGAAAAGAACAAUUUAUCGAGUAACAAGAAUCAGAAAACUGAUGAUGAUGGUUCUGCUUCGACAGCACAUGCCGCUACAUGCCCUGCGAAUCAUUCUCCUACCAAAACUUCGCAGUUAGAUCAAGGCACUAAAACGAAGAAAAAGAUCUGUAAACGCUGCAUAGCGGACAGUCAUAAAUCCAAGAGUAUCAAGUCUGAUGGUAAAGAGAUAAAGCCUAAGCUGCUCAGUGCCAAAGUUAGUACCGAAGAGAAUAGGAGUGUAGACGAGGUGAAAGAAUUAUCAGCCAAGAUUGAAGAAAGACAACAUCCUUCUAUGUUAACGGCAGUCAGCGGUAGCAAUUGUGAGGUUGUCGACAGUUCUUGUAUCGAAACAGAAAUUGUUGAUUCGCCAUUGACGUCUCUUACUAACGAUGGAUUUAUCGGUGAUUUUAACGAAAUAAAAGAUUCCGUUGAUUUAACAACGGUAAAUGAGACUUCGUCAACGCAGGUACUUUUAAGCGAUGGCCUACCCGACACUUUACCCGACGAGAAAAUAAGCAAGUCCGUUGACGGCAUCGAAUCGAUCCGCGAGUGCAUCGUAUUGCCCGUAUCUAUGCCCAUAGUCGUGACCGUGACUGAGCCGGUAAUUGUACCAGUGGUACAACCAGUGCUAACCGUGGAUACGACUGAGCCUUCAAAUGUGAUCGAGAAUAAAAUAGAAGAAAUAGUUCCCUCGGAGGCUGACGAGACUGUACAGCUCAACACCAAGGAUACAGAACAACUACCGCCGACAGAUAUCGAUGAGGUCGAUUUUCUCAUUCAAGACUUCGUCGAUAUUACCGAGGAGGAAGCUGUUGAAGCUGAACGUCAGAAAGAGCUCGAAGCCCAACGUCUGAAAGAGCUUGAAGAACAACGUCUACAAGAGCUCGAAGCGCAACGUCUACAAGAAUUGGAAGAACAACGAACAAAAGAGCUUGAAGCUCAACGGCUGAAAAACUUGAAGCUUGAAGAACGUCUUCAAGAAUUAGAGGCUCAACAAUUGAGAGAACUUAAGGAACAACGUACGAGAGAGUUGGAAGCUCAACGUCUCAAAGAGCUCGAAGCUCAACGAACAAGAGAAUUAGAAGCUCAGUGUAUUAAAGAAUUUGAGGCUCAGCGUGCAAAAGAAUUGGAGGUUCAGCGUGCAAGAGAGCUGGAAGUUCAGCGGAUGAAAGAACUGGAGGCUCAACGUGCGAAAGAGUUAGAAGCUCGAUGUGCAAAACAAGAGCUGGAAGCUGAAAGUGCAAAAGAGCUAGAACUCCAACUAGCUUUGACUGACAAAAGCGACUUGCAGUUUAAUGCACAAGACGAUGAAACUACCGUUAAAAUUGUACUACCUUCGGUAACGCCGCUAGUAGUACAAACUGUCGAUUUGAACCAGGUUUCUUCUUCUGAUCAGCAAGUCUCACAUGAGGACUCAUUGUUGCCAGAGCUCAUUUCCAAGGAGAUUGCAUGCUCACUCGGACAGGCACAAGUUGAGAACGAAGAUUCGGACGACAAAGCAGACGCUAAUACAACGAUUAAUCUUUUGCACGACCUGCAGACUUUCAUCGACACCUCUCAAGACUGUAUAACAGAGCCUGCAGAAGAAGAAAUUGCAGUUACAGAACCCGUUGUAAUUUCAUCUGUAUUAUUGGUUGAUCAAAAAGAUACUGAAAUGAUUAGUGUGUCAGGUGAAACGGUUGAGAUUGCUUUAAUGGAGCAGCAACAAUUGGAAUCUCCAACGCCGCUGGAAACAGAUGAGACUGUUGAGUUGGAUGGCACCGGUUAUCGGCAACUGGGGUCUCAUCUUGAGUUGAAUGCACAAGACAAACAUGUGGAAAUCCAAGUGUCUUCUGAGGAUCCCAUUGAAAAGUCGCUAUCUCUACUGGACAUGGACAUGAAAAUAAGUCGUCAAAGCGGCGCUGAGCAGCAAGAAAAUUGGUUGCCCGGCAUCGCGAAGAAUGGCGGCAAAUCUUUUGAAGAGGCCGCUAAACGAACAAGUGAGUUUACCGACACAGCGCAACCAAUAGGCGACCGCGUAGAUGUUACGUCGAUGGCGGCAAUAGCGACUACGCAAGCGCAAAUUCAGUCGCAAGCUCGAGCUCGGCCCAUCAUGAUCUCCGAUACGACUUUGAAAACGCCGAUCACGAUUAUACACCUGGGUAAAGACGGUAGCAAGAAAUUCAAUAAAGUUGACUUGCCAUUGUCGCUUGGUAGCGUCGCUUCAGGCAGUAUACCCAACACUAACAAAGAGACCAUGCACACCAACCCUGUUGCUACUGUUGUUGACAGUGUAGACCAAGUGCCGCCACAGAUUGUUAUCUCAAACAAAGCGGAUGACGCGUCACUACGAGAAUCUUCAUCGAUUCACCGCUCGAUCAAUCCUGUUCCGCAGCAACACCAGCAACUGAUGGAUGAGCAUCUUCAACAAAACAUUAACUCGCAAUCCAAAAUAACAUCACAGGUCACUAAUAUCUCGAAUAAUUCUGAACCUUUUGUUGAAAAGUCUGAAAGUUUUGAAAGCAACAUUCAUACCCAUCAAUCAUCUACUGACCGAUCAGACAAGAAUCUUCAUAAACUACACAACAAACUCAAGACCAAACACAAGCACAAAAAGAACAAUAUUCCUACUUCUAAAGUGCCAAUUGCUGCACUCAUGGAUGAAGCUAUAACUAAGCCAGUUCAACUCAAUACCAGGGAGAGUAUUGUUACAAGACUCUAUGAGAUUGAUCAGGAGUGCAUGAAGUUAAUGCAAGAGAAGUUGAAACUUUAUCAACUACUUCAAAAUUUAAAGGCUACAAAUAGUGAUCAGAUAAGUUUUGAUAUUCAAACUACAAGCCAACUUCAUGAUUUCCAAAUACCAGAUCCUACGUCUGCAUUACUUAAUGUACAAUCCAAUCCUCUUCUGAAAUCAACCGAUAGACUUAUAACUUCAGCUGAUUCUAAACAAUCUGAACAUAAGCCAGAUUCAAAGGGACAAAACAAUAGCGCAAGUGAACAUGAUACUGAUAAGUCUGAUUAUGAGAAAGAUAAAGCAAUCAAGGAUAUGAAAAAAUAUCGAUCCAAGGAUGGACAUUCAACAAUCAACCCAAUAAAACUCUCAAGAGAUGAAUCCCUUGAUAAGGACAAAGCAUUCAAAUCGCCUCAUAAAGUUAAAUCUUCCAAAACGGGUCAUAGACUUAGAGAUACAAGUGAGAGCAAAGAAAGCUUAAAGAAAUAUGACAAAAACAGUAAAAAGAUUGAUAAAAAAUCUAAAUCAAAGCAAAAAUUGUCUAAAGAGUCCGAUUCCGAGUCAGAUUAUGAUAAGAAAAUUGAAAAUGCACAUACUUCUGAUGGAGAUUCUGAUGUUAAGACUCAAAUGGAAUGUGUUAAUAAGAAUAAGAAAAAAUCUCUACAAGCGGAACAACAAACAAAAGACAAAACAAGGAAAGCUACAACAAAGUCAACGAAAUUAAAAAAUACUGAGGCAGAUUCAUCAUCAGAUGAUUCAGAUGUUGAUUUAGCUACUAAAUUAAAGAAAAACUCACAGUUGAAACGAAAUUCCCGCAAUAAAAAGUCAAUUACAGAUUCUGUAAAAACUGAAACCAAAAACGACAAGCCCAGUAAAAAGCUUUCAAAAUCCAAAUCAACAAAGAGCAAAGAAAUGAUUGAAUCAGAUAUUGAUUCGUCUGAGGCAGAAACUAAAUCUUCUGAUCGCAGUACUAGUCCCAAGCGACCAAAAAGUCGAGCUGCUAGUAAAUUGUCAGACAAUAUCCAAAAUGACAAGGAGAAAAAUCUUAAAAAGCAUGAUUCCAAAUCAGCGUCAAAACAAAACAAAGCAGAGUUUAGUAAAAAUGAUAAAAAGAAAGUUGAAAAGUCAAAGAUUCAUGAUACAAAAUCAAAAUUAUCCGACUCUUCUAUCAAUAAAGUAAUCAAAAAGUCAGAUGAUGAUUCUGAAAUUGACGUUAAAACGGAAACUCGCAGUGUUAGUCCCGCACCCAGGACUCGUCCAAAAAGUAGAGCAGCCAAACCUAUUAAGUCAGAUGAUAGUUCUGAAAUUGACGUUAAAACGGAAGCUCGCAGUGCUAGUCCCACACCCAGGACUCGUCCGAAAAGUAGAGCAGCGAAACUCAACAGGUCAGAUGAUGAUUCGGAAACUGAGGUUAAAAAGGAAACUCGCACUGCUAGUCCAGCACCUAGGACUCGUCCGAAAAGUAGAGCAGCGAAACUCAGCAGGUCAGAUGAUGAUUCGGAAACUGAGGUUAAAAAGGAAACUCGCACUGCUAGUCCAGCACCCAGGACUCGUCCAAAAAGUAGAGCAGCGAAACCUAUUAAGUCAGAUGAUAGUUCUGAAAUUGACGUUAAAACGGAAACUCGCAGUGCUAGUCCUGCACCGAAGACUCGUCCAAAAAGUAGAGCAUUAAAGCCCAUCUCAAAGUUAAAUGUUGAUUCAGAAAUUGAAUUGGAAUAUAAAACUGGAGCUGCUAGUCCUGCUGUCAAAACUCAUCCAAAAAGUAGAGGAACAAAGCCUAUCAAGAGUGACAUUUCAGUAUCAAAAUCGAAAAUAAAAAGUCGUGAAACGAUAUCAGACGAAAGCGAUUCUGAAGACGAUGAUAAAAGGUUGCCCCAUCAAAAAUCAGCCAACCAAAUCAACGAAUCGAAAUUAACAUCAGAUAGCGACAAUGAUAAUUCAAAUUUCAAUCGCAAAACAUUCGAUAUCACCAACAAAUCUGAAAUGGGAAUAGAUAACAGUGUGACUAGCAAAUUGUUAAUGAAAAAAUCGUCAAAACGUAUUAAAUCGGAUGAUGAUUCUGACGUCGAAACAAGUUCAGUAGCAAGUUCGAAAGGUAAAACAAAUGAAACUAAAUAUGCUACAUCUCUUGUUGCGGGUCGUCAGUCGCCAAUUAAAAGAUCAUCUAAACGUAUUGAAUUGGAUGAUUCUGACGUUGAGGCAAAGUCUAGUUCUAAAGCAUUACCUUUUUCUAAUAAAAUGAAAGCUGAAGACUCCUCUCUGAUUGAGCAAAACGACCCAUCGCAAGGUGAUAUAGAGCUAAUUGAGAAAAUUGCAUCGACAACCAACAAAUAUCCGUUAGAAGAUUUACAACAAACAAAGAAUACAAUGAGUAAAGCAGUAACAAAAGACUUUUCUGAUAAUUCCGAAAAUCUGAAAAACACUGCUGAUGAAAAUAAGCACCUGGAUUCCAUUGAAAUUUCAGCGCCAAAGAAAGAUGACAACUUCAAUGAAAAUUUUCCGACCCUUUCUUCAAUCCAUAAAAAUGCCGAUGAAAUCACUAAGCAACAAAAAAGUACAAGUGAUCAAGAUAAUAAUGACAAAAAGAAGAGUAACAUUGAAACUGAAUCAAAAAUCGAAAUGCUUGGACUUACAAGUAAUCUUGGUACUAACACCGAUGAUGAUGAAGAUUCAGAAGUUGCUGGUAUAAAUGAAAGAUUUACUCCCAAAUCAAUGGUAGAAAACCUAUCAAAAAGUCGUGCUAAAAAGAAAAAAGAACAGGUCGAAGAUGACCCGUCCUUUGAAACUUUAAAGAUAGAACUUAGCUCUCGUUCUAAAAGUCGAGCCAGUAGUCGAGCCGCCAAAUCAUCAAAGCUGGUUGAAAAAGUUCAAGAACCUGCACAGCGCUCGAAGAGUAGGGCAAGUAAAAUGCUUGAUAAUAGUAAAGAGGAUGGUAGUUACAAGCUGAAAGAAGCAUCGAUAUCGGUUGAGAAAGUUAAAGGAGUACAAAAGUCAAUGAUAUAUUCUGAUGAUAGUACUAUGGAUACAUUUGACCAACAAUCCGAUGUCCCGAAAAUUAUUACUGGUAAAGGAUUAGCUCAGUUGGAAGAAUCUCUCAAGAAAGAAUCAAAGAAAAAGAAAACAUCAUUAAAAUUCCUCUUAAAUCCACAAGCACAUGAAACAGUAGGCGAAACAGAAGAUUCUGAUCUUUCAUCGGUAGAUGAAUUUGACAGUGAAGUACCAUCACGAGGAGGUAAAAAGUUCAAAAUCGUACCGGAAGAAAUUUUGAAAAGAUACGAUGAAACCAUUGAGUUUGUCAUUAAAAAUUACGAUCCAAGUUUAUUUUCUUUCCGUGACCAUGCGAAUAUUGAUUUAACGAAAGAUACAAAUGCUGGAGUUGAAAAGAAAGAAAAAUCGACAAAAGCUGCUAAAACCAGUAAUGCAACGAAAGAUACAGAUAAACCAUCCGAUAUCAGUUUAGAUAAAAAAUUAGACAGUCAAUUGGACGAUAGUAAUUCGAGAAAAAUGGUUAAAGAGCAUGACAGCAAUGAAGAAGAGGUGGAUACAGGCAACAAAAAUAAAAUCAAAACAAGUAUUUCAAAGAUGACCAUUGAAAAAGAGACUGAAAGUAACGAGGAAAGUCAUGAAAUCAAAAAGAUUGAAAAUAUUAGCAAAGAGAAAGAAACGUUUGAGUUGGAAGAAAGCGAUGAAGACAACAAAAGUACGGAUAAAGAAACUCUUGCUAGUAGAAUUAUUGAAGAAACUUCAUUCACAUAUGGAGGUUCUCCUUACGUUGUCUUAGAUAACCUUGAAGAAACGAAUGAAAGUGAUUUGCCGUCAGAAGGUGGAACUGUUACUAAAGAGCAUACAGUACCAUUCACUUACGAAGGCUUACCUCUGCCAAAGGAUAUUGUUGACAGUUGUAGUUCUAUGGGAAGUAGCUCGAAUUUCCCGUCGCCCAAACCUGAUGAGCCACAAGCUGAAUCAGUUGGUGAACCGAAGUUGCAAAAUCUUACCAAGGAAUCUGUCAGCGUAGUCGUUGAAGAACAACGUCGACUAAAAGCUGCUAAAGAUAAUAUUGUUGAUAAAGACAUGGGAUUGAAAAGUGAACAAAAAAAGAGCGAGGAUAAAUCAGAGAGUUUUAUCGAUGAAAACAAGACGAAGCGUAAGCGUAAUAAGUCUGUUGAUCAAAAGCCAAGCUCAACUAGUAAAAGGAGAAAAAUCUCUGAGUCAUCCGUCGAAAAAGAAGAAAAUUCUGUGCCUAGUCGCAAAAGAGCACGCACACAAAAAGCCCAAAAAGAAGCAACAUUGGAAUAUGAAAAACGUUCGAAGAAAGGCCGCGAAAGAACAAAUAAACGCAAAAGAAAAAUGUCAAUUUCGGAAGUUGAUAGAGAAAUAGCAACGUCGUGCAAAGUGCAUCUCACAGAUCUUAAAUAUUCAUUACUUCGUGCCCACAUUAGCCCCAGUAUCUUGCGUAAAAUAGGAAUAUCAAAAGUUCGUAAUAUCCAUCUUAUCCAACAAGCAAGUUCAUCAGAUCUAAAACGCAAAGCAGUUAUUGAAAAAAAUGCUCAAUGGAACCCCAAUGUCGACGACAGUAAACAGAAUAUCAGUAAGAAAGGAACUUCGUCAGAUUCAAAACGCAAAGUGCUAAACGAAUCGAGUACUCAAAAACGAACUAAUUAUGAUAGUGACGGCAAUGCUAGCACGAGAGGAAGUUUAUCAUAUUCAAAACGCAAAGUAUUGUCCGAAAAAAAUAUUAAACGUAAUAGCGAUGAUGAUAGCGAAGACGAUGUUAGCAAGAAAGGAAGCUCAUCAAAUUCUAAACGCAAAGCAUCAUACAGAAAACGCAUUCAACGUAUUAGCGACGAUGAUAGUGAAAAUGAUGUCAGCAAGAAAGAGAGCUCGUCGGAUUUUAAACACAAAACAUUUCCCGAAAAAGACAUCCCACAACGUGUUAGCGACAAUGACUGUGAAGAUGGUACAAGUAAAAAAGGAAUUUCUUUAGACUCGAAGUUGCCAGCGGUAUCCAUAGAAAGUGUUACGGAACAUAGUAACAUCGCUGACAACAAACAUGAAGUUAGUAAGAAAAGCAAAAAAAUAUAUUCUGAAGCAAGUGUCGAACCUCACAGUAGCGACGAUGAUAGUAAAGACAUGAUCAGCAAGAAAGAAAGUUCAUCAGAUUCCAAGCAGCAAGUACUAUCAGAUCAGAAUAUGUCUCAAGAUAUUAGCUUUGUUGGAAAUGAAGAAGAUAGUAGCAAGAUAGAAGACUCACCAGAUUCGGCACGCAAAGUGAUUUCCGAAAUCAAUGUCGACCAAUCUGAUGAAAAUGAAGAUAGUUCUAGUAAGGAAGAUUCACAGCCAGAACUGAUACGAAUUCAGUCGGAAGAAAAACUUGAGUUCAUUAGCGAGGUAUCGAAUUCAGAAAGAGAACAAACUGUCGAGAUCGAAGAAUCAGACAUCGAAGUAGUAGAUGAGCAACCAAUUUAUAUAAGGUCUACUGGUAAUAACGAUGAAAAUGUUGAUCUAAGUGAACAACUACCAGAGCCAGAACUUUCUUCAUCUCACGAAGACAACGACAUCGAAGAGAUAAGUUCUUUGAAAGCAUUCCAAGAGACGAUCGAAGAAUCGGAAAUCGUUUUGAUCGAAGAAAUAAAAAAAGCUGCCGCAUCUGUUGUGAACAAUGUCAACGCUUCGAAUCUACCUGUAGAGUCGAUGGAAAUGGGUGUUGGGCAUACCUAUCGUCACAUUUUACCUAGAUCAAUGAUCGAAGCACAGGUGGUGGUUGAAAAAAUGAUCAUUCCAGCAAGAUCUACCAAUGCUGAGUCAGGUACAGCUGCUUCUCACGUGCAACAUGAUGAUGAUAUACCUGAAAGGAUUGAAUACAAUCAUCAUAAAGGUCCAAUAUUGAAUAUCAAGGUUUUCGAGGAUACAUUCUUGGCAGCAAGUAACGAUGGCUCAGUCUAUCAGUACGAUGCAUCAUCCAAUCAAUUAUUAAAUACUUUUAGUGGACACACCGCUGCAGUGACAUGCCUUUGUAUAGCUCGCAUCGAUAGCGGGGACUCUAAAAAAGAGUUACUUUAUUCCGGUUCAUUGGAUGGAAGUCUACGUUGCUACAACAUCAGGACUGCCUUAGAAAUGCAAAUUAACGAAGUCAACAGCCCAAUUCAGUGUAUGGACCAAGCUUGGGGCACGAUUUUUAUAGGCACUAAGUCCGGCAGUAUUUGUCGUUUUAAUAUUAAAUCGGGCACCCUCAAACCAGAUUCCAUUCAGUCUUCGGAGAAACCAGUGAUGGCUCUAAAAGCAACAAACGAAGGUGCAAGAAAAGUACUUGUCGUGGCUUCACGCAAUCAAAAGCUUACCAUCCGAGAUGCUAUGACUGGUCUUGUACUAAGGACAAUUAGUGGCCAAAAAAAUUACACUAUUUAUAGCCUACUGAGAAACCAUAGUCUUAUAUAUUGUGGUACUAGCAGUACGUCUAUUCCGGUUUUCGAUUUUAUCACCGGGGAGCAAAUAGUUCACUAUGACGCGAGUGUUGGCAUCGUUUGUAUGUGUUUGCACAAGGGUCUACUUUUUGCCGGUUGUUACGAUGGUAAAAUUUACGUUUUUGAUACCAGGAAUCAUAAUCUCGUAUGCACUAUACCUGGUCCUGGAAAUAUGUUACUAAGUAUGGAACUAGUUGAUAGAAAGAUAAUUGCUGGCAGCAAAGAUAGAAGCUUACAUAUAUGGGAUAUGCCUGAACAAAUCCAAGAAUUACUGAACCAACAGAUGUAAAGUGAAAAAUUUAAUGCGAGAGAUAAAUCUAGUCACCUUCUAAAACUUUUCAAAGUAUGAAGCGAUACGUGAGAAAAUAUUUAAAAAAAACACAAAAAACACAUGAUAAUUUAGUGUGUUGGUUAAGGACAGUCAAAACUACUGCCGUGACUCGUUAAACUCGCUAUACAGCCUCACAUGGAACAUUAAAUUUCCGUAAUAUUAACAACAGAGCGGAAAACUGAAAAAAACGGAGGAAACCAAUUAAUUCAAAUUUAAAUAUUAUAAAAAUGUACAUACUUUGCAUUGCGCACGAUAAGCGCAUGAAGGACUUGUACAAAUUUCGUGUACAGAUAGGGAUCAUUGGAAUAAAUCAUAAAUUGAUAUGCCAAUGUAAUUUUAAUAGCGAUGUAAUGUAAUUAUCAUGCGUAGAUUAUUAUCAGUAGAAUUCGAAUUUUGUUUCUUCUAUAGCGCAACAGAAACAAUGAAAAAAAACUCAAAUGUGAAUGUUGUGAAUUUGCCUUUCAAUUAAAUUAUAUUCAGUUUACUGUCAUAAACUUAGAGUGGUUCCACGAUAAAACGAUGAGUCAAAUUCCACGAGAAAAUAACAAUGUAAAAAAGAUACAUUUAAUCAUUCAAAGACUAUAUUAUUUUAUUAUUUUUUGAUUUUGUAUCAAAGUGAAGACUAACAAUUAUAUAAUAUCCACCUUGUUACUCGGGAAUAAAAAAUCUUUUCACGAUAACAUGACGAACAGCAUUGGACACGGAAAGAAAAUAGACGAGUAACAAUUUUUUGUAGUUUAUGAAAAAAAAAUCAAAGCCGUAAAAUACGGCUUAAUACAUAUAUCUGAAUUUUAUACUGAUUGAGAAGAAAGUAAGAAAGCACUAGGCGUGGAACGACACGUACCAUUGACUCGUGCACUGUUGUAUUUUAUAUAAUGUAGCGCGUUCAACUACAUUACUUUCAAACUUGUAAAAAACAUUAAGCUGAAUAAAGUAAAGUGAUUUGUUUUUUUUUAUACAUGACCUUUUUUUUACUUUUGCUUAGUAGUAAGUAGCUAUGUAAACCGAGCGUAAAUUCUCGUUAUUUCUGUAGAAAUAACACUUUGAUAAUAACGUACAAAUUUUGUGCUAUGGUCGUCGAAAGUUUUUUCAUAUAUUAUAAGUUUGCUAAAUAAAAAUACAUGAUGAUGUAAACACGUUUUGUUAAAAUAAAACUUGAGCAAAUGA